AAAUAAUUCUUUAAAAGUAACAGAACUGUUAUGAUUAAUCUUGGAUUUAAAAAUUAAAAAAAAGAUUAGUCCACAAGAAAAGAUGAGUCAUCACUGUUGCAUCAUCACAAAUAAAUUUCCCCAAACAUGAUGAACACACAGAUUUCUCUUCAAAGUUAAUAAAUACCUUUUCUUUGAAAUCAACAAGCACCACAGACAGAAUGAGACUAAAGGACUAACCCAAAAGUGUGCUGGAAAAGGUUAGAAUAUUGUUUUAAAAGUAGAGCUAAGUAAAAAAAAAAAAAAAAAAGUUAAUUUCAACAUCUUGGGGAAAGGAAACUGGAAGGGUAAGAGUAAAUGAAGCCUCCUAUGGAAUUUCAUAUGGAAGAUGAGCAUGCAUGUGUGAAAAUAUCUGUGGAUUAAUGAAGAGUGGAAGCUACUGUGGUAAUAUUAAGGUAAUGUGAUAACAUGCAGCAGUUUCUGACCAGAGAAGAUGUCCAGCAUUCUUAGCCAUACUGGGGGUUUCUGACCAGAGAAGAUGUCCAGCACUCUUGGCCAGACCAUGGAUUCUCCUAAUCACACUAACAUGGACCCCACUGUCUUUUUUCUCCUGGGAAUUCCAGGUCUGGAACAAUUCCACCUGUGGCUGUCCCUCCCAGUGUGUUGCCUGGGCACAGCGACAAUUGUGGGCAACAUAACCAUCCUGGUUGUUGUUGCCACUGAGCCAGCCCUGCACAAGCCUGUGUACCUCUUCCUGUGCAUGCUCUCCACCAUCGACCUGGCUGCCUCCCUCUCCACUGUUCCCAAGCUACUGGCCAUCCUCUGGUGUGGGGCUGGGCAUAUAUCUGCCUCUGCCUGCCUGACUCAGAUGUUCUUUAUUCAUGCCUUCUGCAUGAUGGAGUCCACGGUGCUGCUGGCCAUGGCCUUUGAUCGUUAUGUCGCCAUCUGCCACCCACUCCGCUAUGCUACUAUUCUCACAGAUACCAUCAUUGCCCGCAUUGGGGUGGUAGCUAUGGUGAGAGGUUCCCUGCUUAUGCUCCCUUGUCCCUUCCUCAUUGGACGUUUGAGAUUCUGCGAAAGCCAUGUAAUCCCACACACAUAUUGCGAGCACAUGGCCGUGGUAAAGUUGGCCUGUGGAGAUACUCGGCCUAACCGUGUGUACGGGCUGACAGCUGCACUGCUGGUCAUUGGUGUUGACUUGUUCUGCAUUGGGCUCUCCUAUGCCCUCAUUGCACAAGCUGUUCUUCGCCUGUCAUCCCAUGAAGCCCGGUCCAAGGCAUUAGGGACCUGUGGAUCCCACGUCUGUGUCAUCCUCAUCUCUUAUACACCAGCCCUCUUCUCCUUUUUCACACACCGCUUUGGCCAUCAUGUCCCACUCCAUAUUCACAUUCUUUUGGCCAAUGUUUAUCUGCUAUUCCCACCUGCUCUUAAUCCUGUAGUAUAUGGAGUUAAGACCAAAGAGAUUCGUGAAAGAGUGGUGAAGGUAUUUCAAAGGGGACAAGGAACUGGCAUCAGGGCAUCUGAGUGAUCUAGGAUUACAGAUAGGUCAUAGUUCAAAUACAAAGAAGCUUUUAAAGCUUAAGAAAUCCUCAGUAUUUGAGAUUGCGAAGAGAUUUUUUUUGUUUGUUUCUGCCAAAGGGCUUGCAUCCUCACUGAAGAGUGACAGAGAGAGUAUCCCUCCCUCCCCCCAGGGGAAUGUUCAUGCUACAAUUUCCUUCUCCUCCAUUUCCUCUUGGGAUUUUAGGCACACAUGCACACAUG